CUUCCUUCCCCCUAAAGCCUUCAGCCAUCCGCUUAUUCCUACUUACGCUGGCCGUAUACCUCUUAAUCACGUCAUGCUUUUCAAGACCACCGCUGCCUUCCUUGCUCUGACCGUUGCUGCUCUCGGUCAUAUGCAAAUCAACUACCCGUGUCCUCGCUACUCGCCUCACUGUGCCACAACCCCUGCUCUCCCGGCUGGAGAAAGCGUCGACUACAACCUCGCUAACCCGAUCGGCUCUAAUGGCACCGUCCUGGCACCAUUAUGCCACUACACGACUCCAUGGCCGACAAAUGUUGCCACCUGGACUGCCGGCCAGACGGUGACCGUGCAGUUCUAUCCAUCCGGUGCCACUCACACUGGUGGUCACUGCGAGUUCUCUAUCUCCUACGACGGUGGAAAGACAUUUGUUGUUCUUCACCAGGAACUUCAGUACUGCUUCUACACAGCACCACCUUCAGCAGGCGGUGUUAACACUGUCCGAAGCUACACCUUCACACUUCCCUCCAAUCUGCCAGGUUCUGACCACGCACUGUUUGCGUGGUCAUGGGUCAACGCCUCCGGUAACCGUGAGUUCUACAACGAUUGUGCUGACAUUACAAUUGUUGGCGCUGCUGGCUCAUACACUGGCAAGCAGAUGACUAUUGCCAACUACGGCCCUGGCUAUCCUGCUAUUCCCGAGUUCCUUGGCAACUAUAAUACUGGUCUCGAAUACUACACGAGCAACACUACUUCGGUCACCGUCACUGGCCCGGGCUCUACCGGCGGCGGCUCUGGCACGACCACCACUUCGGCUGUUGCCACCACUACCACAUCUGCUGCGCCAUCAACCACCACUACCAUUGCUCCUACGUCGUCAGCUCCGAAGACUACAACUGCCACAAGUGCACCCCCGACCACGACCACCACAAGCGCAGCCCCGACCACGACUUCCGGUUCAGGCUCGUGCACUUCGGGCAACUACCAAUGCACGUCGGAUAAGUCUAGCUUCCAGAUCUGUGACAACGGCGUGUGGACAGUGCCUAUCUCGUGUGGAAGCGGACUCAGCUGUGUGCAGUCCGGAGCUUCCAUCUACUGCAGCUAACUAUACGCAAGCAUCAUGCGGCCUAGUGUUUACGAUCUAUCCCUCACGAUUUUCCUUUCCUUCGACAGUGCAUCUACCACCCGAGUGCACACGCUGAG